AUGGCAGCUCUCAUCCAAGCCCUCAUCGCCUGUCUCACAGGCAACGAGCCCACGGACGACACAUACCCUGACGAGAAACUCGCUUUGCUAUCUACGUCCAGCUCGCGUACGGCAUCGCAAAUUGCAGACGACGUCAUUGACGCCAUCCUCGGUGCCAACAAAGCCGGUCCUGCUCUGCACGCUGAGCUUGAUUCUAUUGUCGGGUGCUACGGGUGGAAGCAAAAUCUCGCGGAAUGGGUACUACAGAAGCUCAGCCUCGCGCUGGAAAAGGCGCACGACAACCUCGGUCCCGCAGUGCGCGACGCGUACCACCGAGCCUGGGACGUCGCGCGUAGCAUUGACGGCUUCGUAAUCGAACAUCCUGUGUUUUGCACUGUCCUCGCGCUGGGCGUGCUGGUCGUUAUUGCACCGUGGAUUAUCGAGGCGCUUGGCUUUGCCGCCGAGGGACCAGUUGAGGGUACGCGCUCGUUUGCUGCAUGGUGGCAGUCGACGUACAGCGGGGUGGUGCCAAAGGGGUCUUUGUUCUCCUAUUUUCAGCGACUAGGCAUGACGUGGCACUGAAUCGAGAUCCCUGACAAGGAUGGAGAUGCAGCUGUUUCUUUGUUCUCUCG